AUGUCUCAAUCAGCAUCUCAGACGAUUCCCCAAAAGCCAAUCCCAAACCGCCUCCGAGGCCUUGUUGCUCUUGUCACGGGGGCCGCAGGGAACAUCGGGCUUGAAACCGCGUCGAGGUUUCUCCAUGAGGGGGCCAAAAUCGUGUUGGUGGAUAUCGAUGCGGAGAAACUCAAUCGAUCUAAGCAGACACUCGUUGAUGCUGCCAAACCAUCAAUGUCAACAAAUGGAAAUGAAUUAAAUGCGGAUGAGGCGCUCUUCGCAGUUCAGGCGGAUGUGACGGCUGAAGAUGGCGUGCGACACUUCGUCGAUGAGACUAUCUCCAAAUUUGGAAGACUGGAUAUUGCCGUUCUCUGUGCUGGGAUCUCAUACUCGUCUACGAGCAUUCUGGAGACGGAUGUGGAGCAGUACGACAAGGUGAUGCAUGUAAACUGCCGGUCUGCUUUCCUUGGAGUAAAACACUGCGGCAAUGCCAUGAAAAAUACCGGAAACGGAGGAAGCAUCAUCCUAGUAUCCUCAAUCGCAGGCCUGCGUGCCACACCCGGUCUCUCGGCCUACUCAACGUCCAAGUUCGCAUUGCGCGGCCUAUGCCUCACUGCAGCAGCAGAACUCGGCCAGUUCAAUAUCCGCGUCAAUACGGUGCAUCCGUGCGGAGUCAACACUCCCAUGUUUUUGGCUUCAUGGCCCCCGGAAAAGAUGAAGAGCAUGUUGGCAACAGUGCCUCUUGGUCGGUGGGCCGAGGUAGCUGACGUUGCGGCUUUGGUGGCGUUUUUGGGGAGCCCUGAUGCUCGGUUCAUGACUGGGGGUGCUCUCAAGGUAGAUGGCGGUGUUGUUAUGACUUGA